GCAAGUGCUUUUUUAUGAGUUUGCAUGCACUGGGAGAUCUAGAGGGAGGGUCUCUGAGUGCGAGCAGAGUUUUUUAUGUCUUGGUUUUCAUUCAGUGGAUGCUCAGUGGGCCUUGAACAGCUUGGAUUUAACUGUUGACCGGCUGGCUAACAGGUGGCGCUUUGGGGGGAAACAGUGAGAGCACUGUGUGGAGUGCCGCUGCACGCUGAGACAUUUUUGGAGGACUGUUAGCCGGAGCCAGCAGCAAUGUGGAGGAGGAUCCAGACGGGGUUGCUUCUCCUGGUUCUCUGUGCCGGGAGCUUGGAUGCCUGGUGGUGGAACACAGCUCCAGAGACCACCACAGAGGCCCCAGCGGAAAAGACGACGCCGGAAGGAAUGACGGCCGCCACCGCGACAACCGACAGCACACCGAAGAAGGAAGAGGAGGACGACGACAACUUGUCCGGGGUCGGUGAAGAAAUCCUCAACGUGGCCACGGGAAUCCGUAAGUUUGUCGAGGCGUGGGACGCAACCCCGACCCCGACCGCCAGGACUACUAACGGCGGCCUGACAGAGAAGGUGGAGGGCGCUAACCCUAACACGACGGGCAUCUCUUUGCUCCAGCUAGUCGGAGACCCGCCGCCGGAUGAGAUCGGCCGGAGCUACGGGCCGGGCGGCGAAACGGCCUACGUCUUCACCCGCGCGGCGGUGUCGGGCCAGCCGGCCCUGGCCCACGUCCCCAACCCUUUCCACCGCCACUUCUCUCUCCUCUUCCACAUCAAGCCUUCCACUCCCGCCGCCGCCGUCCUCUUCUCCAUCACAGAUGGGCCCCAGAGGCUCAUGUACAUCGGCGUCAAGCUCAGCGCGGUGCGGUCCGGCCGCCAGGCGGUGCAGUUCUUCUACACCGAGCCCGACUCGGAGGCUUCGUACCUGGCGGCCAGCUUCCAGGUGCCGAGCCUGGUGGACACCUGGAGUCGCUUCUCGCUCGCCAUCUUCGAGGAGCAGGUGACGUUCUACCUGGGCUGCGACUCGGAGCCGCAGGUGGUGAAGUUUGAGCGUUCGCCGGAUCCCAUGGAGCUUGACGCGGGCGCCGGGAUCUUUGUGGGUCAAGCAGGAGGAGCCGACACCGACAAGUUCCAGGGUGAGAUUGCAGAUCUGAGAGUGGUGGGGAACCCUCGGGCGGCCGAGCAUUUGUGUGACGACGAGGACGACUCUGACGCUGCGUCUGGUGACUUUGGCAGCGGCGACGGCGACAGGAGACAAACGGGACACACUGUGAAGACCACAGCUGCCCCCCCCCGGCCGGUACCUGAACCCCCUCUGAUAUCCUCAACCGGAACCAGACUCAAAGAAACAGACGUCGGGUUUCGGCAGCCGUCGGUGGACAGCAGCCGGCCCGGAUCGCCGGGCCCAAGAGGUCCCGGUGGCGCUAAAGGGGAGAAGGGCGACAAAGGAGCGAAAGGCUCAGCGGGGGACACGGGCCCCGCAGGGCCGAAGGGAGACUCAGGCUCCAGUGCCGCUUCCUCCGGUUCGUCCUCUCAGGGCGGAGAACGCGGACAGAAGGGAGAAAAAGGUGCAAAGGGUAGUUCUGGCUUCGGAUACUCCGGCAAUAAAGGAGAACGUGGGGCCCCGGGGCCUCCGGGGCUCCCCGGUCCCCCCGGUCCUGCAGCGGAGGUGGUUAGACUCGGGGAUGGCUCUGUGGUGCAGCAGGUGUCUGGACCCCCCGGACCGCCGGGACCACCGGGGUCAGACGGGGCCCCAGGACCUGCAGGAACCGAUGGAGAACCUGGCGAUCCAGGAGAGGAUGGAAAAGCUGGUCCCGCUGGGCCACGAGGGUUACCAGGAAACACAGGAUCUGCUGGAGCUAAGGGCCAAAAGGGGGAGGUUGGAGAGGGUCAACCCGGACCCAGAGGCCCCCCGGGCCUACCAGGACCGCCCGGACCGGGCACCGGGGACCGGCCCACGUUCUUUGACAUGGAGGGCUCGGGAUUCCCAGACCUGGACAAAAUCCAGGGUGCCCGUGGUCCUCCGGGUCCCCCAGGCCCCCCUGGCCCCCCUGGGGUCUCAGUGGCUCUGGGACCCGACGGUCCCGUAGCGUUCGGACCCCCUGGACCACCAGGACAGGACGGAGCCCCCGGUCUGCCGGGCCCCCCCGGUCCUCCCGGUAAACCGGGUCAACCCGGACUCAGAGGAGAGAAGGGUGACUCUGGUGAUCUUGGUCUUCCAGGUGCAGCUGGAGAAAAGCGAAACUCGCAAGACUCCAACUUUUUCACGGGCCUGUUUUCUUACUUUGCUCCAUCCUCUACGGGUGCUCAGGGUGAUCUAGGACUGCCGGGCACAUCGGGGCAGAUCGGGCUGGCAGGGCUUCCAGGUCCCAUGGGACCAGUUGGACCCCCUGGACCCCCCGGGCCACCGGGGCCACCAUACGGCGUUGGUCAUGAUGGCUACGAGACGAACAACGGCUGGUCUGGACUCAGUGGCCCACCUGGACCACAGGGUCCAGCUGGUAUGCCAGGGCUGCCUGGUAGGCCAGGUUUGCCCGGUAACCAUGGAGACAAAGGAUCAGAGGGACCAAGAGGACCUCCCGGGAUACCCGGUCUCGACGGGCUCACAGGACAGCCGGGUGAAAGGGGAGACAGAGGAGAGAAAGGAGAGAGGGGUCUGCCAGGGCGAGACGGAGUGCUACCUGGACCUCCAGGGCCUCCCGGACCUCCAGGACAAGUCAUCUACCAGACGAGCGAUUAUAAUGACCUUUAUUGGAGCGAAGGGUUGCAGGGAGGAAGUGGUGUUCCGGGUCGAGCAGGAUUCCCGGGGCCCUCCGGACCAAAAGGAGAAAAGGGAGACUCGGGUCCUCCAGGAUAUGCACCUAAAGGGGAGAAGGGAGAGCCUGGUAUCAUCCUGGGGCCUGAUGGGAGACCCCAGUACCUCGGUGGUUUGGCAGGACGGCCGGGCGAUAGUGGACCCCCUGGCCCUGUGGGACCUCCAGGUCCUCAUGGUCCCCCCGGCCAUAAGGGAGAGAUUGGGUUUCCAGGUAGACCGGGUCGACCCGGGCUGAACGGCGCCAGAGGAGAGAAGGGAGACUCAGGCACUGGAUCUGGAUAUGGUUACCCUGGUCCUCCAGGUCCACCGGGCCCCCCUGGACCUCCCGGACCCUCUGUUCCCAGCGACAGACUCGGAGGAUUGGACUCCAGAUAUUACCAAGCUCUUAAAGGAGAGAAAGGCGAUCGUGGACUACCAGGGACACUUGAAAUCCAAGGCGCAGGGAGAACCUUUGACAUUUACACGUUAAGGAAUGAGUUGAAAGGUGAAACGGGCAGCCCGGGCUACAAAGGAGAGAAAGGAGAACCGGGCGGAGGAUAUUACGAUCCCCGCUACGGAGUGAGCGGAGUCGGAGCCCCAGGAGCGCCUGGACCUCCUGGCCCAAGAGGCGACUCAAUCGUUGGGCCACCCGGCCCCCAGGGGCCACCUGGUCAACCAGGAAGAGGCUACGACGGGCAACCUGGGCCACCGGGGCCGCCUGGACCUCCAGGAGCAUCCUUACCUGGAAGUUACAGGGGCACACAGACUAUCAAUAUUCCCGGACCACCGGGACCACCUGGAGUGCCUGGACUACCUGGACAGUCAUCAGGGGUGACGGUGUUUAGGUCUUAUGACACCAUGGCAGCCAUCGCUAGGAGACAGCCUGAGGGCUCUCUGGUGUACAUCAUUGAGCAAACAGAUCUCUACUUACGGGUCCGAGAUGGAAUUCGUCAAGUCCAGCUUGGCAACUACAUUGCUUUACCCAGUGAGGAUGGUAAUGACGUUGCAGCUGUGGAGCCCCCACCAGUCAUCCCCUACUCCCCAGACCACCACUCCAACACCGACAGCUCCGGCCACGGCUCCCAAAGGCCUCCUGAGAGUCCGGUCCACCCGGGCUCUGGGCAUCCGUCACGCCCUGACCCCAGAUACCCAACCCACCCUGAUCCCCGAUACCAACCUGACGCGCGGUAUCAGCCCGAUCCUCGGUUCCCAGCACCCACAGAUCCCAGGUUUCCAAGCUACUCCGAACGGGUAAAUCAACCAGACGGUAGGUAUUCUGUCCAUACGGCACCGGAACACCCUGCAUACCCGGACGCUCGCUACCCAGUCACCCCUCAGCGAAGACCACCUCCUCCCGUGCCCCAGACUCCAGUCCACCAUCACACCUCAGGUCCCGCGCUCCACCUGAUCGCCCUGAACGUCCCUCAGACGGGCGGGAUGCGGGGCAUCCGUGGCGCAGACUACCAGUGCUUCACUCAGGCUCAGGCCAUCGGGAUGAAGGGAACUUUCCGGGCCUUCCUGUCCGCCAAACUCCAGGAUCUUCACAGCAUCGUCCGCAGGGCCGACAGAGACCGUUUCCCAAUAGUCAACCUGAAGGACGAGGUUCUGUUCGACAGCUGGGAAGCCAUCUUCAGUGGCGGCAGGAUGAAGGACAACGUGCCGAUCUACUCCUUUGAUGGAAAAAACGUUCUCAGUGACAGCACAUGGCCAGAUAAGAUGAUGUGGCACGGGUCGACCGGCGGCGGGCAGGCGCACGCUGACAGCUACUGCGAGAUGUGGCGCGUGGGCGAGCGGGCGCUGAGCGGCAUGGCUUCGUCGCUGCAGAGCGGCAGCCUGCUCCAGCAGAGCUCAAGCAGCUGCUCCAACUCCUACGCCGUGCUGUGCAUCGAGAACAGCUACGUCGGCCACGCCAAGAGAUAGACACACACACACACACACACACAUGCACACACACACACAC